UGGCAGCCCCCAUGGAUUUUUUAGGAAAUGUGAGCCAAGCUUGAGUUACACGACGCUCUUGACUCUCGAUGGAAAGGAAGUUCUGUUCUGAAGAUAUGUCCAGGUUCCAUGACAUCAUACUUAGAUUCGAAUCUAUACCCCGAUUAGUUUGACUCAAACUGAGACAAGGUCACAUUCAAGCGCUGUUAGAACUUAUCCUAAACUCUGCAAGCAGCAAUGAAUCACAUCAAAUUUGAAAAGUCUACAGUUAUUGACAUAGAUAUGGAUGCUGAUGGCGGUGAAGUUUUCAAUAUCGCCAGAGAAGAUUUAGACAAGAAAACCCAUUUUAAGGUCAUCCAUUAUGUGAUGGAAGCCGGAAUCAAGUUACACUUGGAAUCUGUGACGCUGGCAUCUGCAUGCUGUAUCUACCAUCGCUUCUUUGCAGAGUGUGAGCUGAACAACUAUGAUCCAUACUUGAUAGGAGCUACAGCCAUCUACCUGGCCACCAAAGUUGAAGAGCAGCAUGUUAAACUUAGAGACAUCAUCAAUGUCUGCUACAGGAUUCUACAUAAAGAAGAAACUCCAUUGGAAGUUGGCAAACAAUACUGGGAACUCAGGGACAGUCUUGUCAACUGCGAACUGCUCUUGGUCCGUAUGCUCAAGUAUAACCCAAAGAUUGGUGACCUACCCCACAAGUACCUUGUACAUUACCUGAAGUCCCUGUCACACUGGAUGGACAGAGAUGUUUGGGAUCAGACACCAGUCUGUCGGACAGCCUGGGCCAUGUUGAGGGAUAGCUACCAUAGUGACAUUGCCCUGCGUACCAAACCUCAACACAUGGCGGUAGCUGUCAUGUACUUUUCUUUACAAUGUUAUGGUCUGGAGGUGCCACUCAAUGAUGAGGCUGCCAAUCCAUGGUGGAAGGCAUUUUCAGAGGACAUUAGUGAAGAGAUCAUUCAGAAGAUCGUCACUGAACUCAUUGAACUCUACGAACUGGAUGAUAAAAGGUGACCUACAAUUCAGCUUUAUUAAGUGUGACGAUAGCAGCAGAGAUUGUGCAUCUCGCCUCUUGUGAACUUGAGUCUUAAGAACGGGUCCAAACAGUUUUGCAAAAGUGCAACCAAGUUAAGGCAUAUUUUUAUGUCUUUGUAGAGUCAGGAGUGGAUUCAGCUUCAUGACAAGGAGACAAGAACAUGCCAACCAUGACAAUUCUCUCCCAACUCUGAUAUUAUUCUGCCUCUGGUUCAACACAUCAAGAAUUUUGGUCAGUGCAACAUAUAUGAGUAAAUGCAAUUUGCUGGACAAGAACCAAACCUCAGUUGUGCUCCUUAAUGAAGAAUUCAACACAUAAGCUCCAAUCCCCUUCCAGCUCCUUUCAUUCCAUUUUAUUAAAAAAAAAACUUGGUUUAAAGGGCGUUGUCCACCUGAACCCUUUAAAUAUUGUGUUUCAUUUUAAGUGACAGAGAAGUGUUUAAUGAGGAAGAAAAUUGUGCCAUGUUGAAAUAUUAUAUGGCUGGUUACACAAGUUAAGUUUGAACUUGAUUCCAAUGUGUAUUUGAAUGAAUUUGAGAAAUUGAUAUUCCAGAUCCCUUCUUAAUUAUGCUAUUUCCAGAUACAUGUACUUAAUAUGAUAAAAACUAUGUGUAGUACAUGGACUCUUUUCUUCUUGAAAGGACUCGACAACUGAUGUGAUAGCGUUACCGCAUGGCUAAAAUGCCACUGUGAGGGCAUCACACCCAAAUGCUGCAUAGUGAAACUUUAUAAUGCUGCCAGUUUGGAGGAGUAGAUUUCAAUUGUGAUAACUAAUCAUUAGAGUACUGUAAUCAAUUCAGGAAGUUUUUACUACUUGCACCCACAGCAGUUUAUAUCCCUUUGUAAAAUACAGUUAACUCUGCACAACUCAAAUUCUCCCCAAGACGAAUCUAUCCUUGGAACAAAUUAUGCUACACAUUUUAUUUACACUUUCUAAUUAGAAUUUUGCGUAAGUCAAACAAAAAGUAUUUAUUGCGGUCCCAACAGAUUCUGUAAUAUUGAUUUUACCCUUUUAAAAUAAUAAAGUUGGAAGAAUGUAAAGUGUUACACCCUGCAAUAAGGUGGACGAGUCUUUAUUGGUACUGUACCUGCAUUUUUGAAGAUAGUACAGUAAUAAAUCAAUGAUCAGUUACCUUGACAUUUUAAAGGUGAGGUAAAUGAUGAUAUCUACAACUUGUUUUAAAUUUUGUAUGAGAUUUGUUACACCCUCAUAAAAUAAAUAAAUUUUCAUUCAACAAAAUGUCUCGUGUGUAGUUUAUCUGCUCGACUAUUUAAUAAAGUAUGAAAAAGAUAUGGUCAGGAAGCCCUUUAAAGCUUUUCUGUAGGUUUAAAAAGUGGCAUUUCUUUUGAGAUUCUAAAAUUUUAAUUCUUUGUUUUUUUAUUCUCUAGGUUAUCGUCGGGUUCAAAUGACAAAUUGAAUAUGUCCUUUAUGUAACAAAUCUGUAAGGGUGAAUACAUGAAUAAAUAAUAUAGUUGUUCAUUUUGAAUAACUUGGACAAAUAACAUAGAGAAACAUA